AUGAGUCCGAAAGACGGUGCUCGGUUUGACUUUGUUAUCGUCGGUGGCGGUACCGCGGGUAACACUGUUGCCAAUCGCCUCGCGGAUAAUCCCAACGCUACAGUCUUGGUUCUAGAGGCAGGCGUUGGAAAUCCGCAUACCAUCGAUGAGAUUACAACCCCAGCUGAGGCGAUGUUUCUUCGCAACAGCAAGUACGACUGGGCCUAUAAAACCACAAUGAUCAAGCGCGACGACUACGAGCGUGUUGAAAAGCCUAACACGCGCGGCAAAGCUCUCGGAGGUAGCUCGUCGCUGAACUAUUUUACCUGGGUCCCCGGCUGCAAGGCAACAUUUGAUAUGUGGGAGGAAUAUGGAGGCAAGGACUGGACAUGGGAUCCCCUUGUUCACUACCUUCGAAAAAGUGCCACAUACCAUGAUGAUGAAAGGAAAUAUCCGAAAAGCCUCACCAAAAUUGGUCUUGGCGGUCCGAUCCCUAUCGCCCACUCUGAACUUAUCCCGGAGAUGCAGCCUUUCCGUGACAAGCUCACUGAGGCAUGGAAAGCUACCGGCCAUCCGAUCACAGAGAAUGUUUUCGACGGUGAAUUGAAAGGACUGACUCACAGCGUCAACACGAUCUACAAGGGUCAGCGAUCUGGAAGCUUUUUAGCUCUUCGAGACAAGCCAAAUAUCACUGUUCUAGCCGAGGUCCACUCAAAGCGCCUUCUUAUCGAUGAAGCUGAUCGUUCUUGUAAGGGUGUGACAGUGAUUACUGCUUCUGGGGAAGAAUUGAGCUUUUACGCUACCCGAGAGGUUAUUGUGUCAGAGGGGGUUUUUGAAACACCAAAGCUAUUGAUGCUAAGUGGCAUUGGCCCUAAGGAUGAGCUCAAUAAGCACGGGAUUAAAAUAAUUGUUGAGUCGCGUCAUGUUGGUCAGCACCUACUCGAUCAUCCUGGAGUACCCUUCGUCCUUAAAAUGAAAGAUGGAUUUGGUAUGGAUGACCAUAUCCUUCGAAAAGGGCCUAAGCACGAUAAGGCUAUGGCUGCAUACAAAAACAAUCAUGGUGGCCCAAUGGGAUCUGGAUUUCUUGAAAUGGUCGGCUUCCCCAGAAUUGACAAAUAUCUGGAGAAAGUUCCAGAAUAUCAAAAGGCAAAGGCCGCCAACGGUGGCAAGGAUCCCUUCUCUCCCUUCGACCAGCCGCAUUUUGAACUCGAUUUCGUUUGCUUGUUUGGCAGCGCCUUCCAAUGGCACUACCCGACUCCUAGGGUUGGCGAUUACAUGACCGUCAUGGUCGAUCUCGUCCGCCCUGUGUCAGAUCCAGGCGAAGUCACACUCAACAGCUCCGAUCCUCUCGAGCAAGCUAACAUCAACUUGAACUACUUCAAUAACGAUCUGGAUAUUCUCGCAAUUCGCGAGGGUAUCAGAUACAGCUAUGAUGUCCUGUACGACGACGGUUUUAAGGAUAUUAUCGAAGGCGAGUAUCCAUGGGAGAUGCCUUUGGAUGAUGACGCUUUAAUGAAAAAGACCGUUUUGGAAAGAUCUCAAACUUCUUUUCACCCCUGCGGUACUGCCCGUCUCUCCAAAGACAUAUAUCAGGGCGUCGUCGAUCCCAGUCUCAAAGUACAUGGUAUCAAGAAUCUGCGCGUGGCAGAUGCAUCAGUGAUUCCGGUCAUUCCGGACUGUCGCAUCCAAAACUCAGUCUACAUGGUGGCUGAAAAGGGGGCCGACUUGAUCAAGCUUGACCACAGAGAUUUAUACCAUCUUAGGUAUGUCCAUUAG